CUGUGUGGUUUUUGCCUUUUGGUAACUGAAGAAAGAAAACAAAGAAGGAACCUCAUCAAGAAGAAGAAGAACAACAACAACGAAUCAAAACGGUGUCGUUUCACUCACCGAUCGCACCUCAACUCCGUUCACGUUCAACUCUCCGAUCGUUCUUCUCUGCUGUCUUCCGGCAUUUGUUCCUUGUGGUUUUUUUCAGAGGCGUUUUUUACUUGGUUAUGUGAUUGUGUGUGUUGUUUUUGAUAGCCGCUGAAGAAUUAUAUCUAUAUAUAUGGGCUGAGGUUUACUUUUCAUGGGAGGUGUGGGGGAUGAAGAACCAGCUUUGAAACGGAUGAAAUUUUCCUCGAAAGGAAAAAUUGGUUUGUCUAACGGCUGUUCUUCUGUGGAGCCUGUUGGUGGAGGCUUGUGCAGCGACUUGAUGGCUCGGCCCCUGCCGUCCGAAGGGGACGAACAAGUUAUUGGCUCCAAAGGGGUUAUAAGGAAGGAGGAGUUUGUCAGGAUAAUCGCAAAGGCGUUGUACUCUCUUGGUUAUGGAAAGAGUGGUGCGCAUCUAGAGGAGGAGUCUGGGAUACCUCUACACUCGGCUGCUGUGAAUCUGUUUAUGCAGCAAAUACUUGAUGGGAAUUGGGAUGACAGUGUAGCUACAUUGCAUAGGAUUGGUCUAGCGGAUGAAAGCAUUGUUAGGGCGGCCUCGUUUUUAAUAUUGGAGCAGAAGUUCUUUGAACUUCUAGAUGGGGAAAAGGUCAUGGAAGCAUUGAAGACACUGAGGACAGAGAUUGCUCCACUUUGCAUUAAGAAUAGUAGAAUCCGUGAACUUUCUUCCUGCGUAGUCUCUCCAUCUCCUAGGCGAGAUGUUGCAAGGGUGAGGUCUAGGUCAAAGCUUCUGGAGGAAUUGAAAAGAAUGCUACCCCCGACUGUAAUGAUACCUGAAAAGAGAUUAGAGCAUCUAGUUGAACAAGCCCUUAUGGUGCAACGAGAGGCUUGCCCCUUCCACAACUCAUUGGAUAAGCAGAUGUCAUUAUAUUCGGAUCAUCAUUGUGGGAAAGCUCAGAUACCUUCUAAAACAUUACAGAUAUUAGAAGCACAUGAUGAUGAAGUCUGGUUUGUACAAUUUUCACACAAUGGGAAGUAUUUAGCUUCUGCAUCAAAUGAUCGAUCUGCAAUAAUUUGGGAGGUUGGCAUGAAUGGCGAGCUCUCCGUAAAGCACAAACUAUCUGGUCAUCAGAAAUCUGUUUCUUCUGUCUCAUGGAGUCCUAAUGACCAAGAGCUACUCACAUGUGGAGUGGAGGAGACUAUCAGGCGUUGGGAUGUCUCCACUGGUAAGUGCAUCCAAAUUUAUGAAAAAGCUGGGGUUGGCUUAGUCUCCUGUACGUGGUUUCCAAGUGGGAAAUAUAUACUUUCUGGCUUAAGCGACAAAAGCAUUUGUAUGUGGGAAUUAGAUGGGAAAGAAGUGGAGUCUUGGAAAGGUUCAAAAACCCUUAAGAUUUCUGACUUGGAAAUAACGGGUGAUGGGGAAGAGAUUAUAAGUAUUUGUAAAGACAAUGCCGUGCUGUUGCUCAACAGAGAAUCAAAAGAUGAGAGAUUUAUUGAAGAGUAUCAGACAAUAACAUCCUUUUGUUUAUCAAAGGAUAGUAAUUUCUUGUUGGUUAACCUUUUGAACCAAGAAAUACAUCUCUGGAACAUUGAAGGUGAACCUGAGCUUGUUGGCAAGUACAAAGGUCACAGGCGCAGCCGAUUUGUUAUCAGGUCUUGCUUUGGUGGACUUAAGCAAUCCUUCAUAGCUAGUGGAAGUGAGGAUUCACAGGUAUACAUAUGGCACAGAAGCUCAGGGGAGCUUCUAGAAGCAUUGCCUGGACAUUCAGGAGCUGUCAACUGUGUGAGCUGGAAUCCGGCAAACCCUCACAUGUUAGCCUCGGCUAGUGAUGACCGGACAAUCCGGAUAUGGGGCCUAAAUUGUCUGAAUGUAAAGUACCCCAAUGCACACAGCAAUGGCAUCCAUUACUGCAAUGGGGGAACAUAGAACAACAAAGUCAAGACUCAUUUCAUUUGAUUUCUCUUUUCUUCUUUAUCAUUGCAAUUGUGUAAAUACCUUUACUUAUCACCACAAGUAGAGACAUUCAUAUCAAACAUGCUUGUGACUUUCCAUAUUUCUCACAAUAAAUCCAUGUUCUAUUUA